AUGUGCUGCAACUACUAUGGCAAUUCCUGUGGCUAUGGCUGUGGCUAUGGCUCUGGCUAUGGCUGUGGCUAUGGCUCAGGCUAUGGCUGUGGCUAUGGCUCAGGCUAUGGUUGUGGCUAUGGCUCAGGCUAUGGCUGUGGCUAUGGCUUAGGCUAUGGCUGUGGCUAUGGCUCAGGCUAUGGUUGUGGCUAUGGCUCAGGCUAUGGCUGUGGCUAUGGCUUAGGCUACGGUUGUGGCUAUGGCUCAGGCUAUGGCUGUGGUUAUGGCUCCAGCUACUAUGGCUGUGGCUAUGGUUCUGGCUAUGGCUGUGGAUAUGGUUGUGGUUAUGGCUCCGGUUAUGGCUGUGGUUAG